GCUCUAUAUAUAAACUGAAAAGACAGUUUUCCUUUUCAUCAAUGAGAAUCAACAGAAACCAACUUGGGUAUUGAAAGGGCAUGAAGAUAGCUUCCUUGCCUGUACUUCUUUUGUGUCUUUUGUUCCUUCUCAUCCUCUUGAUCUUCUUAUCUUUAUCACUCUCGGUUUCCAAACAACAUAACAUGUUUCUUUCUACAUACGAGUUUAUCGUUGUGAAAAAGUCUAUUCGGGUGGUUGUGUUCUUCAUGUUUAACGUCAUCAUUAUCACAAUCUUUCGCGGGAAUCUUAAGCCAUCAGCAGAAGAUACCGAUAACUGGUUACUUUCUUUUUCCCAUUUAUUAGUAUAUGAAGCCGAUGAAGCAACAAAAGAUCAAACGACAUGGGAAGAAGAAUAUUACGACGAAGAUAGCGACGUCGACCAUGAAUAUAAUCAUGGUUAUGAUGGGUAUGAAGAAGACAAUGAUGAUGAUGAUGAUGAUGGCGGCGAAGAUGGCUUUGAAAGCAAAGAUGAUCAGCAAGAUAAGGAUGAUCUGGAGAGGAGAAUUAAGGAAUUCAUAGCCAAGAACUAUAGGCAACGCAGAGAGGAGUUGAUGUAUGAGGCUGGUUUGCAUGGCAGCUACAGAGUUCAAAAGUAUCCAGCUCUAGCCAAUUACUAGAUCACAAUUAGGUUCACAUAUAUACAAAAAGAAUACAAGUUUGGAUUUGUAUUUGCUGUAAAUUUCUUGUUUGUUUGUUUGUUUGAUUUCUCCUCCCCUGUAGUGUUUUUGUUUUUCUACUAGGAUGGGGGUUGGUGCAUGUUUGAUUCAAGUCCUGAUAGUUCUGUGUUCUUUCUAAUUAGGAACUGUUAUGACGAUGCGGAUGUGCAUGUAUAUAGUAAAUGAAUGGAUCCGUGAAUAAUUGUUGUAUUAUGAUUUAAAAGAGUAUAAAACCCCAAACACUUCACUGGGGUUUAUCUUUAA